CAUUCCCCUCCCAUUUGACCCUUCUCUUUUUAAAGUCGUUAAUCGACAGAAGUUUCCCCGCUGGAGUCCACUGCCCGUCUAUCAUUGCUGAGUUGGAGCCUUUGAGGUCCAGCAAAGGAAGAGGAGUGCUCUGCUCUUACUCCUUCAAUUACCAUUUUAUUUAUUUAUAUUUAUUUUGUUAUGAUAGUUUCUAUGAUGAUCAUGUCAUGUUACCACCACCUCCAUCCUAGUAAACAUUCAGUUCCGUAGUAACACCCUCCCUCUCCCUCCGUACAUUCUCUCUCCGUACAAGUCGGAGCUCUGCUCCGUCCUCCCUUCCUAGAAUUCCGGCAAGCUGUCCGAUCAUAAUUCCAAAUCCAAUUCUGUCCCUCUCUGUAGCUCUACUUGUUCUGAUGAACCACCAUCUUCUCUAGGGUUUCUCAUCGGUAAGCCGAUUCCGCAGAGAUGUCUCGGCAAGCGGCGUCGGCCCACUUCCACAAAUCCAAGACUCUCGAUAACAAAUACAUGCUUGGAGAUGAGAUUGGAAAGGGAGCAUAUGGUCGAGUUUACAAGGGUUUGGAUUUGGAGAAUGGAGACUUUGUCGCAAUUAAACAAGUUUCUUUGGAGAAUAUUGCUCAGGAGGAUCUCAACAUUAUAAUGCAAGAGAUUGAUUUACUCAAGAAUUUAAAUCACAAAAACAUUGUGAAGUACCUUGGAUCCUUAAAGACAAAGACUCAUCUUCACAUAAUCCUGGAAUAUGUGGAGAAUGGCUCACUUGCAAACAUUAUCAAGCCAAACAAAUUUGGACCUUUCCCAGAAUCAUUGGUAGCCGUGUACAUUGCUCAGGUUCUGGAAGGGUUGGUAUAUUUACAUGAGCAGGGAGUAAUCCAUCGGGAUAUCAAGGGUGCAAAUAUAUUGACAACUAAAGAGGGGCUUGUGAAACUUGCUGAUUUUGGUGUUGCGACAAAACUGACUGAGGCGGAUGUUAAUACACAUUCAGUUGUUGGAACGCCAUACUGGAUGGCCCCAGAGGUGAUUGAAAUGUCGGGAGUUUGUGCUGCUUCGGACAUUUGGAGUGUUGGGUGCACUGUUAUUGAACUUCUUACAUGCGUACCUCCUUACUAUGAUCUACAGCCUAUGCCAGCACUGUUUCGUAUUGUUCAGGAUGAGCAUCCUCCCAUACCUGACAGCCUAUCCCCGGACAUUACUGAUUUUCUGGGUCAGUGCUUUAAGAAGGAUGCUAGGCACCGCCCUGAUGCAAAGACAUUGCUUUCUCACCCUUGGAUACAAAACUGCCGGCGAGCUUUGCAAUCUUCAAUUCGUCAUAGUGGAACUCUAAGACAAGAAGCUUCAAUAGGUGCAGAAAUUUCCAAUGGAGAUAAUCCGGGUUCUGCUGAAAGUCCUUCUGCAGAGAAAGUUGAAGUAGCUGCUUCAACCAUUAAAGCAGACUCUGGGAAAGAAUUAUUAUCAACUGAGAUUCCUGAUAUGGGAAGAUCUGAUGAUAACCCUGCUUCAGAUGUAAAAUCGGUUGAGGAGAAAACGGAUAAUUUAGAAGAUGAUCUGACAGACGAAGUUCCCACAUUAGCUAUCCAUGAAAAGUCAUCUUUGCAAAAUGGUUCUGGCAGAAUAUCUUCUCAGGAAUUGGCUGCCUCUGAGGCCAACGAGCUUGACGAGCCACCACAUGCUAGCAACCAUGAUGCAGUGCUGGUGAAUGGUGAGGUCAGAUCUCCUGAAUUAACGACAAAAAAUGUAAGUGGUAAACAAGGAGGAAAAGGUGUUGGUUAUAGAGCUUUCGGUUUUGGAACAAGAAAUCUGGAUGGCAGUUUUCAAAAGGCUGCCAAGAUGCCAGUUUUGUUGGGAGGUAAUGAACUCAGUAAAUUUAGCGAUACUCCAGGAGAUGCUUCCUUGGAUGAUCUGUUUCAUCCAUUGGAUAAGCAUCCAGAGGAUAGGGCAGCUGAGGCUUCAACCUCUGCAUCUAUGUCACAGUCAAACCAAGGCAAUACACCUGGGAAUGAUGCUGGGAAAAGCGACCUGGCUACAAAGUUGAGAGCUACAAUUGCCCAAAAACAAAUGGAGAGUGAAAUGGGUCAGGCUAACAGCAGUGGUGGCAACCUGUUACAGCUUAUGAUGGGUGUUCUCAAAGAUGAUGUGAUUGAUAUUGGUGGUUUGGUUUUCGACGAAAAGAUGCCUGGAGAAAACCUAUUUCCCCUACAGGCUGUUGAGUUCAGCCGGUUGGUCGGGUCAUUGAGACCAGAUGAAACAGAAGAUGUUAUUGUCUCCGCCUGUCAGAAACUCAUUGCUAUCUUCCAUCAGCGUCCAGAGCAGAAAAUUGUUUUUGUUACCCAGCAUGGUUUGCUCCCUCUAGUGGAAUUGCUUGAAGUACCUAAAACUCGUGUUAUAUGUUCUGUGCUUCAAAUUAUAAAUCUGAUAAUCAAAGAUAAUACUGAUUUCCUGGAAAAUGCUUGUCUUGUGGGUCUGAUCCCAGUGAUAAUGAGCUUUGCUUUUCCUAAUCAUUCCCGGGAAAUUCGUAUGGAAGCAGCUUAUUUCUUACAGCAGCUUUGUCAAUCAAGCCCUUCAACGUUGCAAAUGUUCAUAGCUUGCCGUGGAAUACCUGUUUUGGUGGGCUUUUUAGAGGCUGACUAUGCAAAAUUCAGGGAAAUGGUUCAUCUAGCAAUUGACGGGAUGUGGCAGGUCUUUAAGCUUCAACGAUCAACUCCUAGAAAUGAUUUUUGUCGCAUAGCCGCGAAGACUGGAAUAAUGCUGAGGCUUAUUAACACCCUUUAUAGCUUGAAUGAGGCAACCCGCCUAGCUUCCAUAUCUGUCGGGGGUGGAUUUCCACUAGAAGGUUCAGCUCAGCGCCCACGGUCUGGUUCAUUAGAUUCUGGUCAUCCAAUUUUUGCUCAGAGUGACGUGCUGCUUUCUACAACUGAUCAACAUGAUCUUUCCAAGGUUAGACAUGGAUUGAUUGAUUUUCAUUUGUCAACUGGAACAGCAGAACCUGCACGUGCUUCAACUUCAAACUCUCAAAGAUCAGAUGCCAAUCAAUCAGAUCCAAGAUAUCUUCAUCAAGAUACUGAUAGAGCUCAAUCUAGCAAUGUGGUAGUGGAAGCUUUAGUUCCUUCUAAAUUGACAGACUCAACAUCAGUAGACAAAGUAGUAAAUAUUACAACUAAGGAACCUUCAAUUACCUCUCGGGAUCUAGACCUCAGGCAGCAGCGACCUGCUAAUUCUUCUACUAGGGCAUCCACAGAUAGACCUCCAAAAAUGAUGGAAGGUACAUCAAAUGGGUUUUCAACAACAGUAACUACUCAACAGGAGCAAGUUCGACCCCUUCUUAGCUUGUUAGAUAAAGAGCCUCCUUCCAGACACUUUUCUGGUCAGCUCGAGUUUGUACGCCACCUGCCAGGUUUGGAGAGACAUGAAAGUAUAUUGCCCCUGUUACAUGCUUCUAAUGAAAAGAAGACAAAUGGAGAAUUAGAUUUCCUGAUGGCUGAAUUUGCUGAUGUCUCUCAACGUGGUAGAGAAAAUGGGAAUGUUGAUUCCACUGCUAGAGUUUCACAUAAAACGAUGAAUAAAGAGAUGGGAACAGUAGCAUCUAUCAAAGGAGCUGCUUCCACUUCUGGCAUAGCAUCUCAGACAGCAUCAGGUGUACUUUCUGGUUCUGGAGUUUUAAAUGCUAGACCAGGCAGUGCAACAUCAUCAGGUUUACUUUCCCACAUGGUUUCAACAUUGAAUGCAGAUGUUGCAAGGGAAUACCUAGAAAAGGUGGCUGAUCUUCUGCUUGAGUUUGCGCAAGCAGAUACUACUGUAAAGUCGUACAUGUGUAGCCAAAGUUUGCUCAGCCGUCUUUUCAAGAUGUUCAAUAGGGUGGAGCCCCCUAUUCUUUUGAAGAUACUGAAGUGUGUAAACCAUUUGUCGACUGAUCCAAACUGCUUAGAGAAUCUUCAGCGGGCAGAAGCAAUUAAAUAUUUGAUUCCAAACCUUGAACUCAAAGAAGGAGCUCUUGUAUCUCAAAUACAUCAUGAGGUACUCAAUGCCCUGUUCAAUCUGUGCAAGAUUAACAAGAGAAGACAGGAACAAGCAGCUGAGAAUGGAAUAAUUCCACACUUAAUGCACUUUAUCGAGUCUAAUUCUCCUUUGAAACAAUGUGCGUUGCCUUUACUGUGUGAUAUGGCUCAUGCAUCGCGUAAUUCGAGGGAGCAACUAAGGGCUCAUGGUGGGUUGGAUGUUUACUUAAGCCUUCUCGAGGAUGAACUUUGGUCUGUGACUGCAUUGGACUCGAUUGCCGUGUGCUUAGCUCAUGACAAUGACAACCGGAAGGUGGAACAAGCAUUAUUGAAAAAGGAUGCAGUUCAGAAAUUGGUGAAAUUCUUCCAGUGCUGUCCAGAACAGUAUUUCGUGCACAUAUUGGAGCCAUUUUUGAAAAUUAUCACGAAAUCAUCUCGAAUUAAUACAACAUUAGCUGUAAAUGGUUUGACACCGCUGCUUAUCACGAGACUGGACCAUCAGGAUGCUAUUGCCCGUCUAAAUCUUCUUAAACUGAUAAAGGCUGUUUAUGAGCACCACCCGCGGCCAAAGCAAUUGAUUGUGGAGAAUGAUCUGCCUCAGAAGCUUCAAAAUCUAAUAGAAGAACGCCGAGAUGGGCAACGAUCGGGGGGCCAAGUGUUGGUAAAACAAAUGGCUACUUCGCUGCUUAAGGCACUACAUAUUAACACCGUCUUGUAGUUAAAAGCCACGCUCCGCCCGCCCAGGACUAUUUCUUUUCGUAAGUCGUAGAUUUGAUUCUUUAGGAGAAAGUGUAUUUAUUGUGUGUUGACGAGGUGGCCGUCUUUUUUUAUCAGUGAGCUGCUUUGCUUGCCUUUUGUUUUCCUUCUCCUCCUUUGUACAAAUAUUUGAUUACGCAAAUUCGCCUAUGGACACUUUAUAUUUCAGUCA